AUGACGACCAUUCGCACGAUAUCGCCCUCGACCAACGAGGUCGUGUGCGAGUGCCCAAGCAUCACUCUUGAUGAGGCUCGGCAGAUUGCCAGGAAGUCCCAGGAUGCUUUUCUAUCAUUCAAAGCUAUAUCGCUAGAAGAGCGCAUGGGCAUUGUCAAGCAUGCUUUGCAGAUCAUCCAAGAACGUAAAUUCGAGCUUGGUAAGGAGUUGACUAUGCAGAUGGGCCGGCCGAUUGCGUAUAGCCAUAAGGAGAUUGAGACAAUGCAAAAGCGCGCUGACUAUCUGAUGGAUAUCGCAGCAGAGUCCCUCGAAGAUAUCCCUGGUCGUCCUGAGGAUGGGUUUCGCCGAUGGAUCAAAAAAGAGCCAGUUGGGCCAACUCUCGUCAUCUUCGCUUGGAAUUUCCCCUAUCUCAUCAUCGUCAACGCUCUUAUUCCGGCGCUUCUAGCAGGGAACACCGUGAUCCUUAAGCCCUCACCACAAACACCGCUUAUCGGGACGCGUAUUGCUGAGAUCUUCGUAGAGGCUGGCUUGCCUUCGGAUGUCCUUCAGGUUGUUCAGUCUGGUGACCCAGCAAUGUUGCAGGAGCUUGUACAGAUUCCAGAGAUAAAACUGGUUGGCUUCACCGGUUCAACUGCAGGCGGACUUGCUAUUCGUAAGGCAGCCGCCAAUCGAUUCAUUGGGACGAAUCUCGAGCUCGGCGGUAACGAUCCCGCAUAUGUUCGCCCUGAUGCAGACUUGAAGUAUGUGGCUGCGCAGCUGGUUGAUGGUGCCAUUUUCAACUCUGGACAGAGUUGUUGCGCAGUUGAAAGAAUAUAUGUGCAUGCCGAUGUCUACGAUGACUUCGUGAGUGAGCUUCAGAAGGAGCUCGAAGGUUACAAGCUCGGCGAUCCCUUUGACUCGGAAACAAAUGUUGGGCCCGUAAUAUCACGAGCAGCACAGAAGCUAAUCAACACGCAUGUCGAGGACGCUUUGGCAAAAGGUGCAAUGGACGUGACGCCCACGAAUGCAAGCUUCCAAAAUGCCUCUGCCCAUGGAAAUUACGUUGCUCCUCGAAUAUUAGUUAACGUAAGCCAUGAUAUGUUCGUCAUGAAAGACGAAACAUUUGGUCCCAUAAUCCCUGUCCAAAAAGUUCACAGCGAUGAGGAAGCAGUUUCUCUCAUGAAUGACAGCGAGUACGGAUUGACGGCUAGUGUCUGGACCAAAGAUAUCGACAGCGGUUCUGAGAUCAUUGAGCUGCUUGAGGCCGGCACCGUCUUUGUGAACAGAUGCGAUUACCCUAACCCAAAGCUCUUCAGGGACGGCUCGACAAGGAUAUUUACAAUGGGUGGACGUCUAGCUGGAAAGAAUGCGAUUGUGACCGGGGCUGCUGGAGGAAUUGGUUUAGAGACCGCCAUAUUGAUGGUUCGAGAGGGUGCUUCUGUUCUCAUGACCGAUCUUAAUGCUGCUGGUCUUGAGAAAGCACUGAACAAGGUCAAAGAAGUUGUUCCAACUUUCAACGGCAAACUUGAAACCUUUGUGGUAGAUGUCUCAAGGGAAGCUGAUGUGGCCGCGGCAGUAGACCAUCUUGACAGCUGGGGAGGCGUAGAUGUCAUGUUCAACAAUGCUGGGAUCAUGCAUCCAAAAGACGGUGAUGCAGAAGAGUGCCCUGAUAACAUCUGGGACUUGACUAUGAGCAUCAAUGUGAAGGGUGUUUGGUAUGGGUCCAAGCAUGCGGUGAAGUCACUCCGGAAACACAAGAAAACGAAAGGUAGCAUCAUCAACACCGGAAGUAUGGUUGCUAUCGUCGGCUCUGCGACUCCACAAUUGGCGUAUACUGCUAGUAAAGGAGCUGUUCUUGCGUUGACGCGAGAAUUGGCGAUAGUGCAUGCGCGAGAAGGUAAGGAGACUGCAAUUAAGCACGAGUAA